GCGGGCAGCCAGCUACCAUCAGAAUUAGCUCAUUGUUCAAUAUAACCAGUACUGGCAACCAAAAUCCAGCCUGAGAGAGACUUUCCCCCAGCCACCCCCACCCCUUUUUCUUUUUUCUCCAAGGCUGCACUUUGGAAGAGGUGCAGUCAUUCUUCCCCACACCCCCUACCCUCUCUCCACUCCCCCAACUAUAAAUUCCCUUCUGUAGCAUGCUGCCCUUUUAAAAUCCACAUUUGUGUUUCAGAUCAUGUAGAAGGGACAGAAAGGGAACAGGGAGCGGGGGCUUUUGUCUAUUGUUCUCCUUGUGCUACUUGAGAGAAACUGCAAUCCCAAGACUUAACAGAAUCUAAAAAUGGUUUAUCAACCAAGGUUAACCAUUUGGGUAAGCCAGAAGAUUUUUCCAACCAGCCAAGAGGAUGGGGGAUUUCCAAAGGGAAGUCUCCCCAUCUCGAAGGAAGUAAAUCGCAAGAAGAAAAGUGAGGCAGAAGGGGCAUGCCUGGUUCCAGUAAAUGGCGAUGGACUCCAUUUCACCAAAAUCGAUUACCUCUACUCUUUUUAGUCAUAAUUUUUCCAUUUGUAUUACAUAUGGUGUAUGGGUUUGAUGAGGUCAUGGUGUCAUGUAUCGGGAAUUGUUUCUGUGUAAAUCAUCAAGUGUAAGAAGAAACUAUGGGACUCUGAGCCUUGCUUUAGAGAAUAACAGUGGAUAAACGUGUACCAUAAAAAUAUUUUUUAGCAUUCAGACUCAAAUGAAAGCUCUCAGAAUUUCACACUGUGAAUCCAUGUUUACAAACAUUACAGGUGGGCCCUCAGGCCUGGUUCUACCACAGCAAUGUCUUAUUCCACUACUCAAACUCCACUGCUCACACACACACAACCGGUAAACUGCUCUCUCCAUUACCACCAUCCCAAACUGCUUCUUGCAGAGGCUGAGAGUCCCCCUUUUUUUCAUUUAGAUGUAGCAAGCCUAGUGGUUUAUUUUCAUUGAUUGUCUGUAUAUCUCUAUAUUUUAUCCAUGUACUCUUUUGAUGUAUAGAAGUAGUAUGAAACUCAUGGUUUCCUUGUGGUAAGUGAUUGUGAUGCUGCCACGGGAUUUGAGACACUGAUGAAUGGUGCUAUUUUGGACUUUAAAUAUGCUCCUUGGCAAGGUAGCUCUGAUGGAGUUAUUUUUUUCUUUCCAUGUUCUGAGAAGGUGUUGGUACUUUGUUUUUCUGAAUGUUGUUCUUUAGACUGGACUGACUUGUUUACUUGUGUCUUCAGUGUGGCUUUCUUAUUCAGUGUGGUAGGUGAGUAACUACUUAUAGUGUACAAGUGAGGAACUGAUUCCCUAUCAGGGUCCACUCACAAACAUGCAGUUAUAGUGGGAGCAAUCACAAAACUGUAAUUUACGUAAAAUCUCCUUUCUGACUCCUAUCCACCUAAUGGAGAAAGAUGAGCAAUAAUUUUCCACCAACCUCUCAAAAUCUCUUUUGCUUUUUGCCUUUUUUUUAAAUAGCCUUUUUUAAAGAAGGGACAAAUUUAAUGUCUUCUUCAAAACCAUAAAAUAGGGGAUAUAAUAAAAAAAACACAGCAAAUUUCUGGGAGGAGAAGUUCUAAAGGGGAAAGAGUACAUUUCCACAGUACUGUCAACAUGUGGACUUUACAUUUUUGUUCUUGCUCCCAGACUACUAUCAAUACAAAACAACACAAAACACAAAAUUAAACAGUAUCAUCUACUCAUGGAGUGUUGUUGUGUUAGACACAGUCUGAAAGCCCACCUUAAUUUUUUAUAUAAUUCUGUCUUUUAGCUCUUCCUUUUACAGGGCAGGCCUUGUUCUGAACUGUUUUAGCUUCUGACUGUUAAAUACAAAUGCAUGCACCGCAGUUCCUAGAUUUCUUUCCUUUUCCCACCUUCUGUAUCCCUCUUCUUGUACAUUUUAUUUUCUGAUAGAUUAGAUAUGUCUACUGUGCUGUAUAUAAAGCAAGAAGUAAUAUUCAGCAGUUGUGGCAUUUAUGUAUAGUUGCAGUUGUGUACUGCUGAAAAUGCAGGCUUUUGUAAUGAUGUGAUCUUUAAUAAUGCACUACAAGUACCCAAUGUAUUUUAGCUAUUUUAGUAGGAUUUGUUCAAUAAAUAUGCAAGCUCUAAGGGUA